CGAAAAAAAAUAAACAAAUGCUGAUAGUAGGAGAAAUGAAUUAAACGCCAGGCUGCUGCCAAAACCAAAAAAAAAAGAUAUAAAAGUCGUUUGUUGGAAAAUCACAAAUAUUUGGAGAAAAAUGUGGCUGGCAGGAAACCUGCUUGGAGGAUCCAUAGCCCGUACAUCCGGUCGCUUGUUGCACCUCAAACGCAGGGAGGUGUACACGGAAUGCUUUCGCAUACUAGGCGUGCACGAGACGGCGGAUCAGAACACGGUGCGCCACGCCUACUUGGAUCUGGUGAAGCGGGUGCAUCCGGACUCGGGAACCGAGGAGGCCAGUGCCGAGCGCUUCCAGCAGGUGGACGAGGCCUUCAGGUUGCUGCAGGAGAAGUUCGCCAAGGGCAGACGCAACAUCCAGGAGGACGAGGAGGAGGCCCUGGAGUUCGACAUCAGGCACACGGCGCCGCAACACCGCCAGUAUCUGUCCAACGAGGGCAUCGGCAUGGGCACUCCCUUCCAGCGCCAGAAGCAGUACCAGCAGGUGCGCGCCAUGAAGGCCCAGGAGCGCGUCCUCGAGCACCGAAUUGACAAGGCGGCGGCUGGGGAGAAAACCCUGAUGUCCAAGGGCGGCGGCGGCCACUUUCGCAGACACGCCAUCAAGACCAAGUACGGCAUCGACCGGGUGGUCGAGGAUCUCAUCCAGGAGGCCAUGUCCAAGGGAGACUUCAACAACCUCAAUGGGGCCGGCAAGCCGCUGUCCUCGACCCAAUCGCAGAAUCCCUACCUGGACUUCACCACCCACAAGCUGAACAAAAUUAUGCUGGACAACGGAUUCACGCCGGAGUGGAUUAGUCUGGGCAAGGAGAUUAGAGAUGCGGUCGCCAAGCUGAAGCAAAAGCUGCGUCAGGAGCGCAUCUUCUACGGUGAGUGGCCUCUGACCCGCUCCGAGGACCUUUCCGCCUGGCAGAGCUUCACCAAGCAGCACCAGGAGGAUGUCCAGCAGCUGAACAAAACGAUCGACAAGUACAACCUGAUAGUGCCCAUCCUGGAGAACCAGUUCUUUCGACUGCACCUUGAGAAGAUGGCCGAGUCCGUAUUCAAGGAUCCGGAGUUGCAGCGCAACGUAGUCAGACCCGAAGUAAGAGCCAAAGCCAGGAGCCAUGUGGAGAGUCAGGGGAGUACGAGUACCAGUCUAUUUUCCCUAAUCAGCAAACUAUUGUAAUGGAAAAUGUGUGAUCGAUAUGUGUGUGUGAUACUAGUUUCAAGCGUAGAGAAAUGAUAAACUUGUGAUAAGAUUUUAUCUCGUCAAUUUUGAAUUGAUAAGGGAAAAUUAAGAAAUAGUUGUAUUGAUUUAUGUUAUUGUAAAAUAAUAUUCUAGAGAUUGAUCUGUACUUGAAUUUUUAAGAACAUUUUAAUUAAAUUUUGUUAUUUAAAUUUUAUGAAAUGUUUUGAAUAAAAAGGGUUAUGGUUUUAAGAGAAACAAAUACUA